ACAUUUUUUAUUAAGUACUUAUAUGAUAAAGCAACCAAUUCAUAUCAGUUCGGUGAUACACUUUGUGCCGUGAACGUGCCUUGAAGAUUUUUGUUUAGUGCAUGUGUACGUAAAACGAAAUAUAAACAAAAUAUAUAGUGGUUAUUUUUAUUAAAUUAAAAAGACUCAAGGCUGAAUACACCGUCAAAGAUGAGUUCAAGCGAUUUUAGGAUAGAACGCAACGUCGAGUUGUCACCUGAAACUAAGGAGAUUGCGGAACGGGAGUUGAGGGAGACACCAGAGCGAAUGAGGGAAGCUAUCGAGCGUCUCCGCGAACUCCUCAAGGAGAAUGACGACUUGUACUUCAGUGAUGAUGACGAGAUCCUAACUAUUUUUCUUCGCCCAUGCAAAUGGUAUCCGGAAAGUGCAUUAGCUUUGAUGCGACGCUUAGCAGAAUUCAGACGUGACAAUGCAGCUUUUACUGACGAUCUAGUGCCUGAACAUGAGGAGGAGGCCUUCCUGCGGCAUAAAAUGGCCAAUGUUAUGAAGGGUCGUGACCACAAAGGAAGAAGGGUCCUCAUAGUCAGUGUUGGUGGUAAGCAUUUAAUUAUGUUGAUAUCUAGUAAUAAAACUUCAAUUGAUCGAUUCAUGUCUUGUAUAACACACAGCCGAAACCUAAAUUCUAGAUUCAUGAAAUAUUUAAACAGAAGUUUUGUUAUAGCACUAAAAGGAAUUUCCUAAAAUUUCUACGAGCAUUGUUUAGUGUA